UUCCCAGAAGUCCCCGCAGAAGACGGGUUUUUCCUGGAGUCCUUGAGGGACGGUUGCCAUGGGAAUGGUUGGCUGGGGUGGGAGGAGACGCUCCCACACUUGACUGCUAUGCGGUACGCACUUCCGCUUCCGCUAGCUUUGGUUUGCGUCCUGGUGGGCCUGUCUCCUCCGAUAGUGUCCUCUCAGCCUGUGACCUGCGCCGGAGGAUCCUCCCGCCUCCGCCCACCCCCCAACCCGCGUGCGGGGGAGCCCUGGGGUCGGGGUAGUGCCGCUCGGGCCGGGGCAGGUCCUGGCUCCGAGGAGAGCACGGCUGCCGGGUCAGGAAGCAUUUAUGUAGUGCCUGCUGUGUACCGGGCCUUGUGCUGAGCGGUGAAGAUUCCAGGAAGGGGGAGGCCGGUGCCUGCCCUCGGGGAGUUUCCAGUCUAAUGGGGGAGACGAGCGGCCAACUCCCACGCCCAGCGAGCUACACCCGGGGAGGAGGGGAGGCGGCACACGGGAGGACUGAGGGAAGCCGGGAGGGGGGCUGUUCCAGGAGGGGCGGCCAGUGAGAUGCCCGGAGCCGUCGGGACGUGGGGCGGCGAGAAGGGCGAUGGCAGCAGCGGACAGAGACCGUGGUGCCAGGAGACUGACCGGAAGGGGAGGGAGCGGCCGGGCGCGAGGGCCCUGAAUGCCGGGCCGAGGCACAGUGGUGGAGGGUUCUGCUGAUUCUUGAAGGGCAUGGUCCCAGCCAUCCUCACAACUCGAGCCCAGGAGUCAGUGACCUUUGAGGAUGUGGCUGUGGAAUUCACUGGGGAGGAGUGGAGGCAACUGGACCCUGCUCAGAGGAACUUGUUCAGGGAAGUGACGCUGGAGAACUACAGGAACCUGGUCUCCCUGGGGCUUACAGUUGCCAAACCAAAUCUCAUCUUUCUAUUGGAGAGAGGAGAAGCACCAUGGACUCUGCAGAGACAAGUCCCAGGAGGCCCCUCUUCAGACUGCCAUUGUUGGGAGCCUAGGUGUGAAGCAACUGAAAUUCCAGUAGGGGGUGUUUCUUUGGGAGAGUCAUCCAAGGAAAGACUCAAAAAGGAUUAUUCCUUGAAUUCAGAAUCUGAUAGUGGAUUAGAGCAACGGGAUAGCCAAAACGUCUCCAAACAGAUAACAAUCAUAGAGAGGAACACUCCUACUUUAAAAGCCAGUGAAUGUGAUAUAUUUGGAAAAGGUUUUGGUGUAGGGACGCUUCUGAUUACACAGAAGAGAAUUCGAACCCGAAAAUAUUUAAGCAAAUGUGAUACACGUGAAACAAACCUCAGACAGGGGUCAGAUGAAAGGCAGCAUAAUGGACUCUUUUCUGAGAAGCUUAGCAGCAAAUCUAGAUACAAUAAGUCAUUCAGUUGCUGUUCAGAACUUACUGAACAUCACAGAAAAUAUACUGGAGAAAACCCAUGUGAGUGUAAUGAAUGUGGGCAGUCCUUUGACAGGAGUGGAUCUCCUGCUGACCAUAAGAGAGUUCAUACUGGAGAGAAAUCCUUUGAAUGUAUGGGAUGUAUGAAGUCCUUUAAGGGGCACGGACAUUUGACUGAGUAUAAGAGAAUUCAUACUGGAGAGAAGCCCUUUGAAUGUAAUGACUGUGGAAAAUCCUUUCGAUGGAAUGGAGAGCUAAUUGCACAUAAGAGAAUUCAUACUGGGGAGAAACCCUUUGAAUGUAAUGACUGUGGGAAAUCAUUUACAUGGAGUGGACAGCUUACUGAACACAAAAGGAUUCAUACUGGAGAGAAACCAUUUAAAUGUAGAGAAUGUGGGAGAUCCUUUAACCGUGGUGGACACCUAACCAGACAUAAGCGAAUCCAUACUGGAGAGAAACCCUUCAAAUGUAGCGAGUGUGGGAAAUGCUUUAUCCGGAGUUGGCAGCUUACCACACAUAAGAGGAUUCAUACUGGAGAAAAACCCUUUAAAUGUGGUGAGUGUGGGAAGUGCUUUAUUCAGUGCGGAGACCUCACUAGGCAUAAGAGAAUUCAUACUGGAGUGAAACCUUUUGAAUGUAACGAAUGUGGAAAAUCCUUUAGCUGGAAGCAAGAGCUUACUGCACAUAUGAGAAUUCAUACUGGAGAGAGACCUUUUGAAUGUCAUGAAUGUGGGAAAUCCUUCAGGUGGAGACAGCAACUUACUGCACAUAAGAGAAUUCAUACUGAAGAGAAACUCCUUUGAAUGGAAUGAAGCUGCUGUAGUCUUUAGCUGACAUUAAGACCUUACCAAACAUAAGAAAAUUCCUAUCAGAGAAACAUCUUUGGAGUGUGUUAAGUGUGAGAAACAUUUUGGCUGGAGUGGGCACCUUAGUAAUCCUUUUGGCCAGACUGGAUUGAAACUUCACUUACGCUACUGAAUAUAAACAAUCCUUUAGCUCACAUCAGGACCUUUCUGAGCAUAAGAGGAUUCAUAUGAGGGAGAAAGCUCUCCUGGAGAACAUGUGUUUUAUUGGAUUAUACAUUGCCUUGAAAUGACCAUAUCCAAUACCACUUUUUAUGCCAUCUGUAAGAUGUUAAUAACAAUUUUUUGUUUUUUGUUGAA